CUGUGUGUACAUAUUCCUGGGAAGGACUCGAUCAGAGUAAACGGGGACUCGAUCAGAGUGAACGGAUAUACAAAGCCUCCUUUUCUAUAUCUAUCCGAGACACAGCUCAACUGUGUCCUAAAUAGUAUCAGGCAGGUGGUGACUUUGAGAAUUUUGUACCCAGUUCCUGAGGACUGUCCUACCAUGCAGUGGCUGAUGAGAUUUCGGGUCAUCUGGGGCAUCCACAAGUCCUUCCAUGGCUUCCACACUGCCCCUUGGAAACUGCGCUUCCAAUCAUCAGGAGUAGGAGCCCCUAGGUGGAAUGACAAUGAUAUGCCUGAGGAAUUUAACUUUGCAAGCUAUGUGGUGGACUACUGGGCUCAGAUGGAGAAGGAGGGACAGAGAGAUCCAACCCCAGCCUUUUGGUGGAUAAAUGGUCGAGGAGAAGAAGUGAAGUGGAGCUUCGGAGAGGUAACAGACCUAACCCGCCGUGUAGCCAAUGUCUUCACACAGAACUGUGGCCUGCAGCAGGGGGACUAUUUGGCCGUGAUUCUGCCUCGAGUGCCUGAGUGGUGGCUGGUAGCCGUGGGCUGCAUGAGAGCAGGAAUCAUCUUCAUGCCAGGGACCACCCAGUUGAAAGUCAAGGACAUACUCUACCGCCUACAAAUGUCUAAAGCCAAGGGCAUUGUGACCACGGAUGACCUUGCCCCAGCGGUGGACUCUGUGGCUUCUGAGUGCCCAUCUCUGAAAAUCAAGCUCCUGGUAUCAGAUCAUAGCCGUAAAGGGUGGAUGGACUUCCGUUCACUGAUUAAAUCAGCAUCCCCAGAACACACCUGCAUUAAGUCAAAGGUCAUGGACCCAAUGACCAUCUUUUUCACCAGUGGGACUACAGGCUUCCCAAGAAUGGCGAAACACAGUCAUGGACUUGCCUUACGAUCUUCCCUUCCUUCAAGCAGGAAAUUACUGCAGCUGAAGACAUCUGACAUCUUAUGGUGCGUGUCGGACCCAGGCUGGAUUCUGGCUGUCUUUGGAUGCCUGUUGGAGCCGUGGACAUCAGGGUCUACAGUUUUCUCCCAUAAUCUGCCUCAGUUUGAUCCCAAGGUCAUUAUACAGACAUUGUCGGAAUACCCCAUCACCCAGUUCAUAGCUGCACCAAUGGUAUUUCGAAUGAUCCUACAGCAGAAAUUAACUAGGUUCCCCACCCUGGAGCACUGUUGUACUGGCGGGGAGGCCCUGCUGCCUGAGGUGCAUGAGCAAUGGAAACAACAGACGGGGCUUCUGCUUCAUGAGGUCUAUGGACAAUCAGAAACGGGACUAACUUGUGCUGUCUUCCGGGGAAUGAAGAUGAAACUGGGUUCCAUGGGCAAGGCCAUCUCACCCUAUGACGUCCAGAUCAUUGAUGGCAAGGGCAACAUCCUGCCUCCCAACACAGAAGGAAACAUUGGCAUCAGGAUGAAACCCACCAAGCCCUUUGGCCUCUUCAUGUGCUAUGAGAAUAACCCAGAGAAGACAGCUGAAGUGGAAUGUGGGGACUUUUAUAACACAGGGGACCGAGCGACUGUCGAUUCAGAUGGCUACUUCUGGUUCUUGGGCAGAAGCGAUGACGUGAUCAAUGCCUCUGGGUACCGCAUUGGGCCGGCAGAGGUGGAGAAUGCCUUGGCAGAACACCCAGCGGUGGCAGAGUCAGCCGUGGUGAGCAGCCCGGACUCAACUCGAGGAGAGGUGGUAAAGGCGUUUAUUGUCCUGACCCCACAAUUUCUGUCCCAUGACCGGGACCAGCUCACCAAGGAGCUGCAGGAGCAUGUGAAGUUGGUGACCGCCCCAUACAAGUAUCCAAGGAAGGUGGAGUUUGUCUCAGAGCUGCCCAAAACCGUCACUGGCAAGAUUAAACGGAAUGAACUUCGGAAAAAGGAGUCGGGUCAGAUGUAACCAGCAAUAAGCUCAGAACCUGCAGCAUGACCUUGGGGACAUUCCUGUUAACCUCAGUUUUUCCACUACAGUAGGGCUAUUGAGAGAGAUGACUUGGAAGGGUUUCAGGAGCACCAAAAUUCUGACAUUUUUGUUCUUAAAGGUAAUUUCAGUCACUGUGCUUCCUGCAAGUUCUCUAUUCCUUUCAGAUUGCACAGUUGAGUGCUUGGGUUGACCGAGAGGUAAUAAAAUACUAACACCAACAUCAA